AAUAGGAAAUGGCAAGCAGCAUUUUUUUUGGACACAUCAUAAGGAAAGAGACCCUGGAAUAUAUUGUCACAACUGGAAAAAUUAAUGGGAAGAGAGGAUGAGGCAGACAGAGAAGGAAAAUGAUAGACGGACUGACAUCAUGGCUACACAUGGAACGGGCAUCGGUCACAAUCCAGAAAGCAAAAGAUGAGAUUAAAUGUAGAGAAAUGAUCACCGACGCGGAAUGGCAAGGCACUUGAUUGACUGAUUGCCUUGAGAUUAGUUAUGUUGUGGAAUGACUCUAAAUCAAUGUAAAUGAUUUAAUGGGGUAAAACUUAAUGUGUGUACAGAAUAACUAAGCUUGCACAAGGACUCAACAUCUUGCUGUCUACAGAACAUACAGUACUACAGUACAAUGUUCCUCCCUAUAAUGACACCAACAUGGCUGUAGGGGGCAGCAGCCGCCUUUAAUGCGCAAAGAAGACCGACUAACAGGAAGGUGCAGAGGAAGAAAACACCAAACAAAAACCAUAAAAGCCUCCAGCACAUUGCAUUGUCACAGUCUAAAACCCAACGUUAAUGGUCCGAUUUUAUAGUACAAACCAGAACUUAUUUAAUACUUUAUCGCUCCAAAAUGUUAGAUGACAACUCAUCUGCGAAUGAAACGCUCGUCUGUGGAGAUGGAGAGAAGAACCAGCCUCCGUGUGGCCCAAAGCAGCAGGACCCUGGAGUUCUGGAUGGGACUCCCUCCUCCAGGUUCCUGAAGGCUGAGCUGGAGCUCAACACCCACCUCCGGCGGCUCACCUUCAGCGAGCCUGUCCGGUACAUCUACAACCCGCUGGAGUACGCCUGGGACACCCACCGCUGCUACGUGGAGAAGUACUGUCAGCCCGGGAAGAAGUUCCUGUUCCUGGGCAUGAAUCCUGGACCCUUCGGCAUGGCGCAGACAGGAGUCCCGUUCGGUGAAGUGAGGUCAGUUGUUGACUGGCUGAAGAUCACAGGGGAGGUCGGUCAUCCUGAUGACGAGCAUCCGAAGCGACGGAUCACGGGGCUCGCCUGCACUCAGAGUGAAGUAAGCGGUGCACGUUUUUGGGGCUUCUUCAAGAAAUUGUGCGGUGAACCGGAGCUGUUCUUUCAGCAUUGCUUCGUACACAAUCUGUGCCCACUAAUCUUCAUGAGUGCCAGUGGGAAGAAUUUAACGCCCCCUGAGCUGCCUGCAGCUGAACGGGAGGCUCUGCUGGCCCUGUGUGACAUUGCACUGUGCCAGGUGGUGGAGGCGCUGGACGUCUCCAUGGUGAUUGGCGUAGGCAGGGUGGCGGAGCAGCGGGCACGACGAGCUCUGUCUGCUGCAAGCAUCAACGUGCGAGUCGAGGGCAUCAUGCAUCCGUCGCCCAGGAACCCGCAAGCCAAUAAGGGAUGGGAGGAUGUAGCUAAAGCCAAGCUGGCAGAACUUGGUGUUCUAUCACUGCUGAAUAACUCUUGAGCUAAUCAGCUUCCUCUGACACUCAUCAGUAGAAGUGUGCAGUGCAGUCAGUCUGACAAUGGAUCAGGAUGUGUGGAGUUCCAGUAACAGACUCGGUGUAUCUUUAAUUUGACGGAUGGUUUGCUGCACUAAAGAAAAGUGCAUGACCACAUUUUUCUUCACAGCUUAGUCUGUGAGUGUAAACAGACGUUGCCAGCCUCAGUGACAAUAGCAGCAAAAAGCUCCAGGGUGUGGUACACUAAUGCCUUCACAACUCUUACCGCAAAUGCUGUCAACGAAUAUUUUCCGCAACUGAAUGUUUUCUUUCACUGCAAAGAUUUGUUUGUUCACUCCAGGAUUUUCUGUGUGGAUCAGUUGUUACAGCGGCCCUGGAUUAUGAACCUAAAAAUAUUUAUACACUACCAUAACGAUAAGAUGCGUUGAAUAUAUGUGUACGUUUAUAUCCCAAAUGUAAGCUCAGGGUAUAUGUGAAUGUUCAUGUUUGUGUUUUUUUUUUUUUUUUUAUUGAGUCCACUGAUUAAACUUGUUGAGCCUGUAAAUUUGGGGGUGGAGGGGGAGCCUAGAGAUACUGUUACUAUGUCCAGCCUGGCCCGGUAUUGAUCUGCUCAUGAAUAUGUGAAGAUAAAAACAAAAUUUAAAUGUAUUAACACAAAAGACAUUCACAAUAUUAACAUGGUAUAGCAAAUACCUUGAUAGAAAUGGCCUUCAAAUAUGACAGAAUUUAAUUAGAAGCAAUCAUUACCCUUGGAUAGGAUACUCUUAGAAAAUAUACAAUUGCCAACUUUUUGGCAUGUAUUAAAUUACAAUUUUAUGAAUAAAAUGACAACAGGUAUGGACUGAACUGAUCUGGAGUUUUGUAAUUACAUCAACUCAUUUACUGACAUACUGUAGCUUUUGACAGGAAAAUUACAGCAUUCAGAAACAAGGAAAAUACAAAACUGCAAAAAUAAAGUUGAAGGUGUUGUAUGUGCCAGAUUACUGUACAAGACUAUUCUUUUAUACUGUUUUUUGCUUGUUUGUUUUUUUUUAACAGUCGUCUUCUUUGUCAUGUGCUUUGAUAAUGUACUUUAUGUGUUUACAUACUAAUUUCUCAUGCUUUAUUUUACUAGUUCUAUGGAUUCAUAGAAGUUUCUUGUUUAAAUAAAUAUUGGAUUAUGAGA